CGCUUUACGUUCCCAAAUGCGAUGGAAUUUUUCUUGCUUUUCCACGCACAACCAAAAAAAAAUCGUCUCCCCCGCAUUGGUACUAAAAGUUGUGGAUGUCCAUUUUGGGUGGUAGGUAUAUGCUAUUCGAUUUAGAUUAUUGUUUUUAUUGAUUGUCCAGGGGGUGAGUUAUAUGUACAUAAAAAAAGUCACUGUGACCAGAAAAGUUCUCCUCCCUAAUUUUCGAAGAGAGAGAAACAUUUUCCCUAUAAAGAGAAAAUAUUCCUCUUUGCAAUAGAUGGAAAAAUGAUGGAAAUUUUCCUCAAGGAGUUUCUGAUGUGAUGUGUAAUGAAAUAUUUGAAUUUCCAAUAUAAUUCAACAUCAUCCAUUGGAAUUUGUCACGGUGAAUUGAGAGAUAAAAUAUGUCUGAGUGUGUGUGUGUCUACCGAAUGAAAGCUAAAUUGCACAACUUUUGUCACCAUGUGAGGGAUUUUCCUUCCGCACCAGAGCGCCCCAUUUCUCCCCCACAUCGUGUGGAGGAGGAUGUGGGUAAGCACUCGACAUUUUUUAUGGCUGUAUUUCCUUUGCUUGAGUGCAUGAAACGUGUUUGUCGUCAUAAACGGAGGCGGAAUUUUCGUGUAUGGAUUUUUAUUCGCAUUUUUCAUGCCCUCUAUCAAAACUAAAUGUGAGAUGAAAUUUAAGCGAUCUUCCACUCGAGAGAUGUAAUAUCGUUGUGGAUGGAGGUGCACAGACAGAGCAGAGCGCCUUUGGUGGUGUUCUCCUCAUGCUACCUACAUGUAACCUACAUAUAAUAUAUUCCAUAUAAACAUAGAUAUGUGGUAGGAUAUUCGCUCUUUCUAUGAAAUCCCAACCCUCGCGGGAAAUUGGGAUUGUAUGACACACUAUUCCGUAUACACAAUAUCAGGUACAUUAUAGAGGAGGAUGAUCUACAUUUGACACCUCCCUUGUCUAUCCCUUUUAUAUUCCUUAUGCUCAAUGCUCUUUGUAUGAGAUGUGAGGUCAGAUUUCACAAUAUAGGGGUGAUUGGGGGGUGGUCGAUUCCAGUAGUAUCCUCCCCUAUUUCUACAAAGGAACAUAAAGCACCAAGGAUUGAUUUGGUUGACUUCAGAAGAGGGUCACAAUUCACUUCUACAUCCUCCUCCCUAUUCUCCCCCACCCACAAAUAUUUUCUAACAGGGUGCAUCUGUUGGGGGGAAUUUUCCCACGAGAAACCGAAUAAAAUUUAGAGCACAGAAAUCCACAAUGAAAAUUCUUAUUCACUUUAUAGCUGGUGCAGAGAAACAUCCUCAAUUUCCACAAAAUUGUCACGUUGUUUCAAAUAAAAUUGCAAAAAUGUCCAAAGACUCUCAAGCUGAGAGGAGAGACAAGAAGAGAGGGAAGGAAGGUAUAAAAUAAAGCCAAGUAUGGUGAAAAUGCUGAUCAAUUUUCAAGAGGACAAGUUUCACGUGUAAAAGAAUAGAACAUUCUCUGCACAAUCAAUUUGCUAAGCCAUUCAAGUAUAUAGGUGAGAACAAUAAACUAUUUGUUUUGAGAAAACUCUCGUGGAAAUUUUCCUAAAAUUCUUGCAAAGAGCAAUAUCAAGAAUUUAUAUAUUUAAUAAAUUGAAUUAAAGUUUUGAAGCUUUUUUUUGUAGAAAAUUCUAACAGAAUAGUUUUAGAGGAUUCUUAUUUAUUUAUUCUGUUCUAUUGGUUCUAUUUAACUUUGCACCGAUAAUAAACCAAGUCGAGACGUAGAUAAGACAUAGAAAUUUUAUGAUAGAAACCAAUGAGAAAGCUUUCCCGAACUUAUCAGCCAAUCAGAGCAUUUCUUCUAAAGCACUGAUUCUUCUUAUUCAUUUGCAUUUCAUGUCAGUUUAUUUUCCCGGCCAAUUUUCAAAUGAAUUUUCCUCCAUCAGUACCUGAAGAAGCCUCGCAGCAGCGAGGCGAAAAAUUGAGAGAAAAUUCUGUAUUAUUUUCCCACAGAAGAGAAUUUUCUGACGCUCAUUGCGAACUCUAUUCAUUUAAAUUUUACUAAAAAAAAAUCCAAUAAUAUCCAAAGCUAAAGCUUUGGUGCAAGGUUGAUUUGAAUGGAAAACUUCCAAUUUAAACAUUAAAAAAAUCAUAAAGAAUAAUAAAAUACAAGAAAUAUAUAUUUUUUUCAAUAUCGGAAUAUAAAUUCAUCAAAUUUUGUUCAUAGCUACCCCAUCUACCUUUCCCAGUAUAUACAGUACAUAAUGUAUAUAUCAUGUAUGUAGGUAAAUGUAUUAAAUCUACAUAAAGGAAGCAUUUUAAAAUUUAAUCAAAAUACAUAAUAGAGUUCAAUUUUAAAUUUUAGCAAAAUAAAGUCAACAUGUGGUCUUUUUUUCGGUAGCAUAAAGCAAUGCAAAAUAAAUUUCCUUCCUUUCCUGAAUGCUUUGCAUACUUUUUUUUUGUGCAACAACUUCCUCCCAGCAGGGUGGAAAGAGGGCCAUAAAAAAGGUGCAACAGCGUGGAAAAACUCAAUAUAUAUCGUAGGCAUACAACACACACAAAAGUAUUAAUAUAGAAAUUUUCUGUGAAAUUUAUGCUCCUUUAAAUCACUUUAUAUGUUCACCAUGCUUAUAGGGUGCUCUCUACCACCACCCCCCACAAAUUCCCUUACCCCAUAAUUUACUUUGGGAAUUGUGUGUGGAUUUUUGGGGGCAGAGUUUGAGAAGGGGUGGGUGGGGGGAUGUUAGACGACGCGCAAACCGGACUGUGAGACCACACUCGGCGCCCCCAUUGCCCCCAAAAGCUCGCGUGUCGACUCAAAAGAGCUCAAUGUGCUUUUAUUUUGGCCCAUGUGUGCGCCUGCCCGGGACUGUGGAGGGAGAUGUACGGAAAAUUCAUAUUCCAGCCACAUUUUCCAACAUAUAAUACACAAACAGCAGCACACAGCUGAUGUCACAAAAGGAGAGGCACACAGUCCCUCAUCUGAAUCCCAUCAAAUCAUACCAACGUCAGUGUUUAUUCGUCCUCGUGGCUGUAAGACAUCCACGCGCACGGGUUGCGGUUAGUUUUACAAUUUCUUGUGUGCAAUUUUGAGGAAGUUACCGGAAGUGGUAAAUUUAGUGAUGAAUUCCGGAUGCCGUGUAAAUUGAGUGGUGGCAAAAAAUUAAGCCUUCGUUGACUUUGAGCAACAUAAACUUUAGGAGAAAGGAAUUAUUAAAAAUUCUAUGAUGGAAAAUUCGUGAGAAAAUGUUCGUGAAAAGUUGCGUGAUCCACCAAGUUUAGCACUCUCGUGGGGGCUAAUCAGCAUUUUUUUUUUACUAUAGUAUGUGAAUAGGGAAAAAUAUGUGACAUUUUCACUUCAAUCAAAAACACUUUUCCCCCACAUUUAAAUUGGGGUUUUGCUUGACCUUUCACCUGCCACACAAUCAAUAAAAUAUCUUUGCAGAUUCCUCAACGCAGAAUUUUUCUCGCGCGCACAGAAUAAAUUUUUAAUCCCUUUUUUUGGGGAAGCCCUUUUAUGGUAUUGAUAUUCAAAAAUUUCAAGGAUUAAAAAAAUGAGACAUAAUUCAAAAUCAUUCUAUGCGGUUCAAUGCCAUGGGACAUGUGAAUAAAGUACCUAUGUUUUGUGGUGUGUUGUAUAUACCUGAGAAAUGCGGAAAAAGCGCAACACAUUCAGCCAUAAAAUUUUCAAUAACACAACCAUCCGCCCAUCCGCUCUUUUCUGCCCCACCCCACUCCAUAGGCUUUCGGUGUUGUAUUUCAAUUUCCUAUACAUAUUAUUUUAAAAUCAUACACCCACCACCGAAAAUACAUCACGCUCUUUACAGGGUUUACCAUGAGAUUUGCAAGUAAUUUCAUUUGCAUCAUUCACGACAUUUGAGUUGAAAAAAGGAAUUCUUUGAAUUUACUUUAAUUUGAGAACCAAAGAUAUUACAAUAAAACAACAACUAAUGAAUGAAAAAUUCAUUUUAUUUAUUGCCAAAAAAGAUAAUGAUCUUGUAUGUUGUAGAUAAAUUCCUAGCCCAUCAAGAGAUAACAAUUCAACGAAUAUUAUUUUAAAAGGGGAAAAAGAGUGACUAAUCCUUCAAGUUUAAUGAGGAAAUGAUUAACAAUAAAGUGAAUGAAAUACUACAGAAAAAUCUCAAUAAAAGAAACGAAGAAAAUCUCCGAAAGGGAGAAUGAGUAGCAGAGUAAUAAGUCAGCUCAUCGUGGAUAUAAACAGUCAAGUGGCAUUAUUUCGUGAUAUGCUGAUUCAUGUGGGUCAAUCAAAGGAUUGUCCGGAGCUACGUGAGAAGAUCCGAAAGAUUCGUUUCUCCCUCGUAGAAGCAUGUCGACACACAUCCUCCCUCAUUCUACCGCAAAUUAGAACAGCUGUUUCUGAAGGGAUCGUCACUGAUAAUCCACAUUUAGUGCUUCUCUUCUAUCUCUCGCAACUUUUCCUUCGAGAGCUCAUCAAAAGCUACCGCCUCGUGCAAGUGAUACCCAUGGAUAUGUCCGGAUACUACGAAAAUCGUGCCGGACCAUCGAAUCUCGGCAAUGUAAUAAGUCAAAUUCUUCUGUGUAAGCAAAUAACACCGGAUUUUAAUCAAGAAGAAUUAUGUAGUAUCAACAAAGAUUCCCAGGAGAUAGCCCACCUCCUUGCUGAAAUGCAAGAAUUUAUGCCACAGCAAGAAAUCUAUCUUGAACGAAAUGCUGCACUUACGGGCGACGACACCAAUGGCCCAUGGCCGGCAAAGAGGCGACGCAAUUCUCUGUACAAAAAUAUGGGUCUUUUGUGUUGUGUUUCCCGGCCAAACUAUCUCUGAGAUUAACUUUUCAGCAUCUUGGUGAUGUACCAAAGCAACUUAUGAUACGACAAGGAAAUUAAUAAUAUAUAUAACUAUAUAAUACUAAGAGAGCUAAAAAGAAAAAUCACCCCAUUCAAUUGAUGAUA